AUGGAAUUAUCCGAAUACAUCGAGUCGCUGCGGCGCGGGGCGUCUGCCAACCAGCUACCCUCGUACGCCAACGAACUGGCGUUUGCGAGGAAACUCGAUUCUCAGGAUGCACUGAGAAAUUUGCGCAACGAAUUCAUCAUCCCGACCAGGGCAUCCCUUGCAAAGACUGGCCUAGAUGGCACCGUACCAGGAGACGAGGCUGCCACCGACUCGCCGUUCAGGCAGUGCGUCUAUCUCGCUGCCCACGGGCAGGGCUUGCAGCCCAAGGCUGUCCGUCGGUACGUGGACGCACAGCUCGAGACAUGGGACUCUGUCGGUGUGCGCGGGCAUUAUACACAGUUCGGUAACUCGCCGCUGGUGACGGACUGGCAUGGCAUGGCGGAGAAGUGCGCUAAACGCGACGAGUACGUCGUGCAGAGCCAGGUCCGGUGUCAUGGGAUGCACACGCCCGAGGAAAGCAUUGUAAGGAUCUCUCCGAGCGGUGACGCGAAGGGAGGCGACUCUUUGACAAUCUCGAACCAUCAUAUCCUGCGCGUCAUCGACGAGCAUGCCGAGGAGGCGGCGCUCCUGCUGCUGCCGGGCGUGCAGUACUACACGGGCCAGUACUUUGACAUGCCCACGAUUACAGCGCACGCAAAGGAACGCGGCAUCACGGUGGGCUGGGACAUUGCGCACGCGGUUGGAAACGUCGAGCUCCAUCUGCACGGUUGGGACGUGGACUUUGCGGUGUGGUGCAACUACAAUGCCCUGGACUUGGGUGAGGCCACCGGAGGCGACAGCAGCAGCAGCAGUAGCAGUAGCGCGACCUACCGUCAUCGUCUAUCAGGAUGGUACGGAAAUGCCAAGGAUACUAGAUUUGACAGGGACAUGCGAUCAUUUACAUCCAUCGACGGCGCCGCCGGCUUUCAGGUUUCGAACCCGUCUUGUAUAGACUUGGCAAUUCUGUCCGCGGCCCUGUCAGUCCUAGGUUGCCGACCCAUGAGCGAGAUACGAUCCAAGUCUCUGGCUCUCACAGCCUAUGCCGAAUACCUGCUGGACCAGAUACUAGAUGAGAUGAGAGGGACUGAUGGUGCUGCGCCAUUUACGCUCAUCACGCCGCGGGACGUCCGGCAGCGCGGCGCCCAGCUCAGUCUGCAAUUCUCCGACGGCGAGACCCUGGACGCUGUAAUGCAGGAGCUUGAGCAAGAGGGGACCCUGUGCGACGGAAACAGGCCAGACUAUAUGCGACUUGCGCCGUCGGCUCUGUAUACACGGUUCGAGGACAUCUGGAUGUUUGCGGCGGCGAUGCGAAAGGCCUUAGGCCUGGUUGAACUGCCAAGCUUGUAG